AGCGCUGUCAGCUAGCAGACAGACACUGAACAACAGACCAGACCUAUCUAACUCACGCAGCGUAGUCAGCUAGCAGGCAGACACUGAACAACAGACCAGACCUAUCUAACGCACACAGCGCAGUCAGCUAGCAGACAGACACAUUAGGACUGAACAACAGACCAGACCCAUCUAACUAAUGCCGCGUAGCGCUGUCAGCUAGCAUGGCAGGGACAGAUACUAAGCCUGAUAAUACCAGACAGUCAGGGGAUACUACGACCUGAACAACAGACACACUUCUUCUCAGGAGAAACUACAGCCUGAACAACAGACAGGCACAUUAGGACUUCUUCUAAACCACACAUGGGACUGUAAAUACUUGAUCCGGUCCAGACGAAACAGAACUGAAUCAGAAUGAAGCUCAUCAAGCACAUUCCACUGCUACAGAUCCUGUUCCUUUCACAGAUUGUGGCGAGUGUCGGACUGCAGAGAGCUCCUCGCAUCACAACCCUGCUGGAGACCUUGACAUUCUUGGAUCACAACGCCACGUUCAUCUGUGAAGUUGACUCCCGACCAUCAGCUGAUGUCACGUGGACACGGAACAACCACCCAAUCCCAUACUAUGAAUCCCGCUACACGAUCAGGGAGAAUGGCCAGAUGCUAUUGAUCCCCAACGUCAAAGAGUCGGAUAACGGGGAGUACUGCUGUGUUGCUAACAACGGCAUCGGAGAGCCGGCCAAGAGCUGCGGAGCCCUGCAGCUUAAAAUGAAGCCUCAGAUAAAAAGACACCCCACCAACAUGACGCUACUGAUUGAGUCCAAGGCCGUGUUGCCCUGUGUGACGCUAGGAAACCCCAAACCAGACAUCUCCUGGAUCAAAGAUGAUGCUCUUAUGACGGUGAGUGAUCGGAUCACGAUUCUGGAUUAUGGCACUCUGAAGAUCCAUAACAUCAAGAAGGAAGACGCGGGGCAGUACCGUUGUGUGGCCAAGAACAGCUUCGGGAUCGCCUUCUCCAAACCAGUCACCAUAGAAGUACAGGCCCCAGCCCGGAUCCUCAGGGUCCCUAAGGAUAAGAGAGUGACCUUCGGUAGCGAGGUCUCUCUGGAGUGUAACGCCACUGGAAACCCUAUCCCCGCCAUCACAUGGUUGGAGAACGGGAAUACCGUUCCGGGUGGCUCUGUGGAGGAGACAUUAGCAGGAGAGGUGAUUCUGUCUGUGCUACACAUCACGGUGACUAAACCUGCUCGCUACACAUGUCUAGCCUCCAACAGACACAGCGCUGGGGCGAAGUCUGCCAAAUCUUCAGCCGGAGUCACUGUCCAAGGUAGGCCCCCAUCACAUUCCUUGAAUGUCACCCUAUUGCCUGUCAGCCUCUCUAUCUACUACUUUAGACCAAAGUGCUAAGGGGUAGCAUUAGCA